UCGACCCCACCCACAGCUGUUACAGGUCUGUAGCCGCGCGCUUUGGCAAUUGCCUGGCUCAACUCUCCUCCGACAUCAUUCUUCAGCUCCCGUCAGUCCAGCGUUACGUACAUACAGACCACUUUGUUUUCUCAGAGAGAAAAAUGCCAUCUCCAGAAUAUGUUGGGCUCGACCGACUUGAGGGAUAUCAUUACGAUUCUUUAUCUUUGGCGCUUCGCAAUGUUCUCAACACUGACAUCGCACUUACGACAUACGCCCAGAUUAUUGACGGUCUGCCGAUAGCUGAUGUUGUCUGGGACCGAUAUUCGAGCAUUUAUGAUCCUGCUCACCCUAUAAACAAUCACAAAACGCUCUGCGAUGGAGCGUUAGAGAAGGCCAAAGGUUUCCGUGCACAGUUCUCCAUGGCUGAUAUCAUGGUCGAUCUAGAGAAACUGAAUCGGUAUCAAGAGGCGAAACCCUCAUCUCGAUCCUUCCACCUACGUCUUAUUGAGAUGACUGCGUGCGCCCUGCAUCAAAUCGGUGUUCGACUAUCACAGCUAGAGAAAGUCCAUGAUCCUGCUACAACUGCCGGGCAUAAUGUUGAGUCUACCACUAAAUGGGAGCGACCUCCCGAUGGUUUGUGCCGCGUUGCUCCGGGGCUGACAAUGUUUAUUGCAACUCAAUUUACGGCUCAUGACCGGUAUCCAAACGGUGUUGAUGACAUGGUUGGAUAUUGGGCGGAAAACCGCAUUCUAGGCGGAGUAGCACUUUUUGACCAUUCACAGACAUGGACGGGUGACGAUGAACCAAAUGUGUACUUUCAGUGUACCCGUGAAAGAGUCACCUUCCGUGUCUGUCAGCUUCUCGAUACUCAACAAUCGGCCUUGAUAUCAUUUCUUCUAGCAGACAGUGAGGACGUCAUGGCCAAGUGUCCGCUCCCCAUCUUACCAACCUCUGAUAACAGGGUUCGAAUAGACCCAGGAGAUGCUAUUCCGGUUAAGAAGGUUUACAGAGAUCUUUGGGAAAGAAAGGAUCCCCCAAGACGGCGAAGAGCGCCGCGGCUGGAACGCCCUAAGACAUCGUUAGACUAUCCAGAGUUGGAUAUUGAUGCAGAAGUUGAACGCCUGAAUAGAAUGUAAGGCGCUGAUGAUGAUGGAACCGUACGGUCUCAAGAUCUUGGUUCAAAGACAUCAACGGCUGCAUUGAUUUCAUCAAGCUAUAGGCGACGAUGAACUGGCAAAAUAGCUACAGAAAUUGACAAAGC